UAUAUAAUGGCAAAGAGGAAAAAGAACCAUAAAAGGACAAAAGAUGGGAAAAAGAAUAGGUAAAAAAAUAAAGAGACCAAAAGCAAAGCCGAACCCAGGACAUAACUGUCAUUUUCGGGACAUAAAUUUUAAGGUUCACAACUCUUCUCUCUCUAACUGAAAACGACUGCAAGCAACCUGUGGUCUACCUGUGAAUAAAUAAAUUUAUUUCUUUUUUUUGUAAAUAAAAAAGUAAAAAAUGUAUGGGAUUUAUACACCGACUAUGAAACCAUUACUCUUUCUUUAUAUAUAGAUAUGGUUCUCUAGUAGUUAUCUCUCUUUCUUGGGCUUUUUCUCUUCAAUCGAAUCUUCUUCUUCUUCUUUUUAUUCUCUUAUUAGUUUUCAGCAUAAUUCAACGCCUUCAGUAAUGGUGGAUCUUCAAACUGUUUGCUGCAUGUGCGGCGACGUUGGUUUCCCUGACAAACUCUUCCGCUGCAACAAAUGCCUCCACCGCUUUCAACACUCGUAUUGCAGUAACUACUACGGCGAGUUAGCAGAGCCAAUUGAACUGUGUGAUUGGUGCCAGAGUGAAGAAAGAAACUCAAGGCACGGAAGCUCUUCAAAGAAAUCAUCAGCUGGAAACGAAACAGGAAUUAUAAACCGAUCCGAGUAUUCGGGUGACAAAAUCAAGCAACACGAUCGAGACGACAGUGUUGAUCAGAAAGGCAAGAGCAGUGGGACGCCUUCUCCAAGGCCUACGACACGCAGGUACAAGCUUCUCAAGGAUGUGAUGUGCUAAAAAAAGACUCGAAAAAGAAAAAAAAAAGAAUUUGUGUCAAGAAAACUUUCUGUGUUGAUAGUAGCAGAAAAUGUUUAUAAGCAGUUAUCCAGUGAUUUCUUUUGCUGGUUAUGGAUGAAUAUUUCACUUUGUCAGUCAGUUGUUAAUAAAAAAUAAUGUAAACUUCAAUCAAAUUGGAUUGGUGGCACAGGUUUUUAAGCUUUUCUCUUUUAUCCGUUGUCUGCCCCCAUUUGUCCUAAUGCUAGUUUUGAUACGCCAAAGCUUGUAAGAUGAAGAAAAUUCUUGAUGAAUGACGGAUGAGAUAUAGGUUUCGUGCAUGAAAAAUGUUGGAUUAGCUAAUUAAAAUAUACUAAUCCAUCUGACUGACAUAACAAAGUUUGAAAACUUAUUCAAGUCCGGUUGGUCCCUGAGGAAAUACAUAGUGAAGUUUUAUUUUAGGCUUUAUGCCGGAUCAGCGACCUAACCAGCUCCUUUGGAUAAGCAUCAGAGUGAUUAUCUAGCUAGGGUUUGUUUCGUCACAACAACGUUUAGCGGGAGGAGUUGCACCUUCAUUUCCUUUCACUUACAUUUUAUUAAACGAAUCAUGUUAUUUUCAACUAAAAUUUUAUAUUUUAUUGCAACUGAUUGUGUUAA